AUGCUCGUCUCGCGGUACAGCAACAGUAAGCAGCUUAAGAAACGCCAGAUACAAACACUCUUCGAUCUACCUACGCUGGCUAAGGAAUCAGUUGCUGAUUUGCACAAGCUGGUGGAAGGUUUCCAACGUGCCGUACAAACAUUAGAUCAAAUAAUUCAACCUGUGGACUACAAGGAUCUCUUGUUGGUCAAUCUUCUCAUCUCGCGGUUGGAUCCUGUGACAAGACGAGGGUGGGAGGAAUCCUCGGCAAGCAAAGAUCAGGAAACGCUCAAGGAUUUGACAGAAUUUCUCCAGCGACGUAUUGGAGUUCUAGAAUCGUUGCCAGCACGGACGACAGACUUCAAGGGAUUGCAAAAACCAUCGUCAUCGUCAGCUUCGGUGAAACAACGAUUGCCGAUCGUGAAGACAAGCUUCAACACAGUCCAGGAACCUCGGAAGGGCUGCGUUAGUUGUUCGGCAGAUCAUCUCCUAUUCCAAUGCCAGGUUUUCCAGCGAAUGGCUUCAUCCGAUAAAGAAGCAUUGCUGCGUUCUCAUGGUCUGUGCCGAAACUGCCUCAAACAAGGUCACCAGGCAAGGGAGUGUCGAUCGAAAUUCUCGUGUCGGAAGUGUACGGGACGCCAUCAUACGCUUGUCUGCUUCAAACCAGAUGCGAAGGGUGGAGCUGCUUCGAAAACCAUUAGCAAUGAAUCUUCCAAUCAUCCAGAUGGACCAGAUGGAGAUGCUUCAUCACCUCAGGUGGCAAACAUGGCAGCCACCGACGUUACAAUUUCUACGUCGUCCAAUAGUUACUCGUCGCAAGCAGUGUUGGCAACUGUGGUCCUUAUCAUCGAGGAUGACCACGGCAAUCAAUAUCCAGCACGAGCUCUUCUGGAUUCAGGCUCGGAGAGCAACUUCGUCACUAAGCAGUUGAGUCAACGACUGAAGGUAGCCCGAGAAGCUGUGAGCAUUUCCGUCGUUGGAAUUGGUGAAGCAGCAACCAAGGCAAAGCAGCGAAUCCAAGCAGUGGUGCGAUCGAGAGUGUCAGGCUUCUCUCGAGAACUAAAUUUCCUGGUAUUACGAAGAGUGACCGCAAAACUACCCACGAUUUCCAUCGACACUACGGGAUGGAAAAUUCCACAAGGCAUCGAAUUGGCAGAUCCGUCGUUCUUUGUAUCGAGGAAUGUGGACAUAGUGCUUGGCAUUGAGACGUUCUUCGAAUAUUUCGAGACGGGUCGUCAGUUAUCGCUGGGCAAACAGCUACCAAUGCUAGCCGAAUCGGUAUUCGGAUGGGUAGCCUGCGGAGGAACUCCAUUAGCUGGUCGACAGCCGAUCACUUGUAACGCGUCGGCUUCGAAUGAUCUGGAAGAGAUGGUGGCUCGAUUUUGGUCCUGCGAGGAGGUCGAGUCAUCACGGGCCUAUUCACCAGAACAAACUCGCUGCGAAUCACUGUUCACCCAGGCAGUACAACGUGACGCAGAUGGACGAUAUACUGUUCCAAUACUGAAGGAUGGAGACGAAUUUCAACGGCUGGGCGAGUCAAGGGACAUAGCGUUUCGACGUCUCCAAGGCACGGAACGAAGGCUGGCAAAGGAUGCCAGUCUACGGCAACAGUAUACAGCUUUCAUGGACGAAUACCUCGCAUUAGGCCACAUGCGUAAAGUAGACGAAUCACAAGAGACGGUUAAGCGCUGUUACCUACCGCAUCACCCGGUGGUCAAGGAGGCUAGCACCACCACCAAGGUUCGCGUUGUCUUCGACGCGUCCUGUAAGACGUCUACAGGUAUUUCGCUCAAUGAUACGCUACAUGUUGGACCUGUAAUACAGCAGGAUCUACGGUCGAUCAUAAUGCGCUGUCGGAUAAAGCAAAUCAUGCUGGUGUCUGACAUCGAAAAAAUGUUCCGUCAGAUCAACAUUCGACCAGAAGACAGACCACUGACAUGUAUUCUCUGGCGGCCUCGUCCAACCGAUGAGGUCACGACGCACGAGCUUGGCACAGUUACGUACGGAACCAAAUCAGCACCGUUCCUGGCAACGAGGACGCUGCAUCAGCUUGCGACGGAAGAAGAAGAUCGAUUCCCGCUGGCAGCGAAGGCAAUCCGCGAAGACACGUAUAUGGAUGACGUGAUCACAGGUGCUGAUACAAUCGAGGAGGCAACUGAUCUACGAAAAGAACUCGUGGACAUGCUGAAGGGUGGAGGAUUUCGACUUCGGAAGUGGGCCACCAAUCAAUCGGCGACAUUGCAAGGACUUUCUGAAGAGGAACUUGCGAUUCGACUCACGGAAGGGAUCAACUUGGAUCCAGAUCCAUCAGUCAAGACGUUGGGACUUACUUGGAUACCCUCUACGGAUGAGUUUAGGUACCAAUUCAGCAUUUCACCACUCGAUCCCAGCGAAUCACUUACCAAGCGCAAGAUUCUGUCAACGAUAGCAGGACUAUUCGACCCAACAGGUUUCCUGGGACCCACAAUCCUCUCUGCCAAGAUCUUUCUUCAACAACUGUGGGCAUGGCGAAACGAAGAUGGUAUCGGACUAGAUUGGGAUCAGCCUGCGCCUUCAACGGUGGGUGAGCGUUGGCAGAAAUUCCAUGAGCAACUCCCGCGACUCAAUCAAAUUAUUAGUCGCUGCGUAAUCACUCCCAGACCAGUGAGCGUUCAGAUACAUUGCUUUUCGGACGCUUCCGAGUGA